UUAGAAAAGUAUCGCAACCCGGCGAUUGACAGGACAGGUAUCUUCAAGAACCGUUACCGGGCUUAUGGCUACCACUUCUGCAUUUGAUCCGAGCAAAAUCGGGGCUGUGUGCCAUACAUGCGGUCGUUCAGACUUCCUGCCUUUUACUUGCAAUUACUGCGGCCUCAAGUACUGCCAAGACCAUCGACAUCCACAGUCACAUACAUGCGGUCCAUACUCCGCACUACAGAAAGAGCAAGCCCUGAAGACCGGAUCCUCCACUCCACCUCCUGCUAUCGGAAGCAUUAAGACAACAUGUUCGCAUACCCAGUGCUCGACAGCUCUUGACGGUAUCAUGUCCCCAGGCACCGUCUGCAAGUGUCGAGGAAUAUUCUGUCUGAAGCACCGACAUCCUCUGGAUCACGCAUGCAAAUACACUUCGCCACCGCCAACAUCAGCUGCCCGUGCCAGAGAAGCGUUGGAGAAAUUGCGUCACUGGGCUUCGUCGUAUGGGAGUACACGGACGGAUGCGGGUAAGAAGACGAGUACGAAGACUAGUCGGGUGCUGGUCGUUGCCAAGAUGAAGAAGACGUCGAAGGGAGAUCAGAGGGUGCCGCAGGAAAAGCGGAUAUAUAUCCAUGCCGAAGGACCUCCGGAUGAGCCUAAUCAACCCAAGGCCGAUAUUUACGUGUCGAGGGAGUGGUCUACUGGCAAGGCGUUGGAUUCUAUUGCGUCGUUGUUGGGGGUGCGGAAUAAUAAUAAUGCGGCAAUGGAAGAUGAUGAUAAGCUGAGGUUGAUUAACGUGGACUUGGGGGCGUUGUUGGAGCAUGCGCCGAAGUUUGGUGAUGUCGCGAAGGAUGGGGAUACGAUUAUGCUUGUCAGAGGGCUACGCUUGCCUACAACUGCGUGAGCCAGGUUCCUAUCACUAUACCCACAUAUACCGGAAUUUCAGCAUAACAUAGCAUAGAAUGAGGUUUGAGAUGCAACG